AUGGCGGUCUUAAAGGUGACGUUCACCAAGACCACUCGGGGCAAGCUAGCCCUGGUGUUGUGGGUCCUCAACUGGAUCUCUGUGUUAACGGGCAUCAUCCUCUUCAGCCUGGGCCUCUUCCUGAAGGUGGAGAUCCAGAAACGGAAGGAGCUGAUGUCCGCUGAUGUCCACUCAGUGCCCAACAUGCUCAUCGCCACGGGCCUGGUGGCCUGUGUCAUCAACUUCCUGGGCGGCAAGAUCUGCUACGAUUGCGUUGACACCACCAAGUUCCUGCGAUGGAAGUUGCUGAUGCUACCGUACAUCGUGUGCACCUUCCUCUUUACCUUCUGCAUCCUGGUGGGUGCGCUCAUGUGCUACAGCAUGAGGAACGAACUGGAGGAGUCACUAUUUCUGGGAUUGCGUAACGCCAUGCUCUACUACAAGGACACAGGCACGCCGGGACGAUGUUAUCUCAAGCGCACAGUGGAUUUGCUGCAAAUCCAAUUCCAGUGUUGCGGAAACGCCGGCUUCCGCGACUGGUUCCAUGUCCAAUGGAUCAACAACCGCUGGUUGGACAUGACCCGCAGUGAAGUAACAGACCGUCUGAGGAGUAAUGUGGAGGGAAAGUACCUGAUGGACGGAGUGCCUUUUAGCUGCUGUAACACAUUCUCUCCACGACCCUGCAUCCAGACACAGGUCACCAACAACUCCGCCCACUACAACUAUGACUGGAAGACGGAGGAGCGCAACCUGUGGACGAGGGGCUGCCGCCAGGUCCUGCUGGAUCAUUACACCAACAUCAUGCAGUCCAUCGGCUUUAUUGUGCUCAUCAUCUGGUUGUUUGAGCUAUGGGUGCUGACGGGCGUGCGGUAUCUCCAGACAGCUAUGGAGACUUUACGGCAGGGUGACCCCGACCUGGAAUCUGACGGCUGGCUCCUGGAGAACAGCAUUGCCCAGACGGCCCGCUCUAACUUCAAAAUCAUCAAGAACCUAGGCAAGUGCUACCAGGUGGAUGAUGAUCCUAACAUCGAUGUGCCCAGCACCGCUCAGCAAGAGGUGUCCACUUGCCAGAUCCCUGUGGCUAGAUAG